GCGGUUUGCAGAGAACUCAGUCUCAGCACGGCACUCGAACCUGCGUGAAAGUUCUGAGUUCCACUCGUUGACCUACUGGCUACCUCUUUUUUUGCGUGGACGUGGUCGAUCUUUAUAGCCUACUACCAUAUCUGACUUUCUAGCAACAAACUGUUCCCUUGUGCGAUCAAACACAGCCAGCAUAACCGCCUCAAAACCACGUUGCAGCUUUUGGCGUCAGACCUGGAAUUUUUGGCCAGGCUCUCGACGUCACCGUCCGAGACAGUGUUUGCUGGGGUGUGAUAGGCUACAACCUUGUCUUUAAACAUCUAUGGCUACAGCCCAUUAUGUUGUUUCACCAGGAAGAAAGCAAUUCGGGUAGGAUAGGCUGUAGGAGCUACUCGGCGCCAUAAGACUGAAGUUAUGACUUUAAUAUGGCCGAGAGCGACAAGGGUCCACUUUUAACUUCAUGUAUUAUUUUCUACCUAUCGAUCGGGGCCGCAAUAUUCCAAAUUCUUGAAGAGCCAAACUGGAAAUCAGCCAAAGAACAAUACAUCUUACAAAAGGAAAAUAUUUUGAAGAACUAUGCCUGCUUAACAAAAGAAGGUUUGGACGAGAUUUUGGAGAUAGUGUCGCAAGCUGCAGGCCAAGGUAUAACCAUCACCGGGGAAAAUCAACGCAACUCGUGGGACUGGGCAAACUCAGUCAUCUUUGCUUCCACCAUUGUCACCACUAUAGGUUUUGGUAACGUUGCUCCCAGGACUAAUGGUGGCCGUGUGUUCUGCAUCCUGUACGGUCUGUGUGGGAUCCCCCUGUGUCUGGUAUGGAUAAGCGAGCUGGGUUCUUUCUUUGGAGACCGGGCCAAACGUCUUUCCCAGAUUCUGAUCCGUAAAGGCAUUUCAGUGAAAAAGGUGCAGUUAACCUGUACAGCCAUAUUCCUGUUAUGGGGGCUGUUGGUGCACCUGGUGAUCCCUCCAUUUGUUUUCAUGUCUAUGGAAGGAUGGAGCUACCUGGAAGGCCUCUACUACUCUUUCAUUACACUAACAACGGUUGGUUUUGGAGAUUAUGUGGCCGGAGUAAAUCCAAACCGGGUCUACCCCAGACUGUACAAAGUAUUUGCAGAGUUAUGGAUCUACAUGGGCCUGGCCUGGCUGUCUCUGUUCUUCAGCUGGAAUGUCAACAUGGUAGUGGAAGCUCACAAGGUGUUAAAGAAAAGAAGACACAGGCACAGACGCUUUGAUAACGAGGAUCCUCCGCCUGUAAAGGAGAAGCACAAACCAGAUGUACGGCCGACAGCUAUUGACAUCUUCAACUUCAAGAAGGAGGAAGACUAUAGCACUGUCAUCAAGGCAAUUGGAGCCACAUAUAAAAUAAAGCCUGCAGAGAACAUAAAUCGCUCUAAGAGCUGCAGUGACAUCUUGGCCACCAACAUCGAGAACCUGGAUCACUCGCCACGGCACAGACGCAUGCUCAGCAUCAGCCAAGUGUUCGUAAGUGCAAAGGCUGUCGUGGACAAAGGGGAACAAGAAGACAUGCAUUCUUUAAUACAAGAAAGAAACAGAAACAGAGACCAUGAAUCUGCACAGUGUUUGAGGACGGAUAAUGAGGAGAACAAGGACACUUGUGCAUUUGAUUCAGAAACUGAUGGUAUCAUCUUCACUGUACCUACCAAAGAUGCUACAAAAGAGGAAAGUGUACAGCAUCCUGAUGGUGGGGGGACUAGGUUUACGAUCGCCAAGGUAGAAGAGGGAGAUGUGUUAAUAGAUAAAGAUGAAAAAGGUUAAAAGAACUUUUCUAAAACUUCCUAAAUUGUGGAACUGAUUAACCUAUGCUGUGGGAAGGGAGUUUUGUACCAAAGUAUCAUAAAUACUGUUAUGUAUCAGGAAAACAGAAUUUUGUGAAAAUUAUAUUAAAGGACUCUAUAAAAUAUAA